CAGGGGCCUCUUUUGAAUGACAGCGCUUGGGAAGAGAACUGAUUCUCGUGUGAUUUCCCGCAGCAGCCGCAUCGUCGAUGAGAAGCAGUCGCGGAUCUCCAUUCUAACUGGAUGGAUUGGUAUGGGGAGAAGCGGACCUCCACCCUCGGCUAAGCGGCAGCUCCGGGACUGUGUGAUACUGACGAUGGUUCUACUCUCGUUGCUGCUUCGAUCAGGUCAUUGCCAGCAGUGUCGGAUCCAGCGCUGCAUUGCUGAAUACGUCUCCUCAACGUCCCCCUCCAGUGCUCUGCAAGAGGAUGUGGCUCAUGACGUGGACUAUUGUAUCGCCCUGCGCGCCUACGACCAGUGCACCCGGCGGCAGGCGCGAAGCUGCAGGGGAGACUUGGUCUAUCACUCGGUGGCCUUGAAUAUUCGGGAGUUGUUUUCUCAGCACAAUUGCUCCAACGAUGGACCCACCUCCUCCGCCAAGGCACCCAGCACUUCCCGCCCGGUCGUGUCUGAGCUCUGCAACUACGAGAAUCGGGUCCUUGGCUCUGGAUCCGGAGGUCAACAGAAGAAAUACGCUCAUUGUGGAUUAUUUGGAGACCCUCACCUGCGGACUUUUAGGGACGAGUUUCAGACAUGCAAGGUGGAAGGGGCGUGGCCUUUGAUCGACAACCGCUUCCUGUCAGUGCAGGUCACCAAUGUGCCAGUCGUGCUUGGCUCCAGCGCCACCGCCACCAGCAAGAUCACAGUGAUCUUCAAGUCAUACCAUGGUUGCACUGACCAGAAGGUCUACCAGGCCACCACUGAAGAUCUGCCAUUAGCCUUUCAGGAUGGGACCAGAAGCGGAGGCAAGAGUGGCAGCCUGACCAUCUCGGAAAGAGGUGGUUCUGGAGUGGGUCGACAGGUGAAGAUACAGGCCCGUUACAUCGGCACCUCUAUUAUAAUCCGGCGUGUCGGGAGUUACCUGACAUUCGCCAUCCGCAUGCCGGAGGACACUCUGGACUUCUCUGAGGACAAUGGCGGGUUGCAGCUCUGCCUUCAUGGCUGCCCGCGCAACGAGCUCAUCAAGGAGCACACACUGGGUCGCCAGAACCAGCAGCACCGCCAGGCAGGCACCAACACGGAGCUGGGCCCGCUGCGACCGCCCCAUCAGGUGUACACAGUGGAGAAAGCUACUGCAAAGUGCAGAGAAACUCUGCAGGUGGAGGACGUGUACUUCCAGUCCUGUGUGUUUGACUUGCUGACCACAGGAGACCCAGAAUUCUCCAUGGCAGCCUUCGGCGCUCUGGAGGAUUUAAAAGCGCUUCCACCCAGCAGACUGAAGCAGAACUCUCCCAGGAGUCCUCGACUUCACAACCAAGGGACGCCACAGCUGGCUGCCUCAGCAGUUAACUGCUCCUCCUUGCUUCCUAUCUUUCUCCUCAUCCUACUGCUUUUGUAGCAAUAUGUGUGAGUGUGUUGAUGUAUGUAAUUAUAUAUAUAUAUAUAUAUAUUGCAAGAGUCAACAGCUUGAAGAUUGAGUGAUGUGUAUUUGGACUGAAUGUUGCAAUAAUUUUCUUACACAAUUGUCAAGAGCAACAGUAUAAUUCAUUUACCUCAUUACGGUGCAGUAUCAACCCAUACCUUACAUGCAACAAAACCCAAAUUGUGCUGAAUAUGUUUUGCAUUCUAUGAACCAUGGCUACAGCUUAAUUUUCAUGUCGAUACAUUUUUCAUGACUACAUGCUUCCUGACAGACGUCUGCUUAAUGUACAUUGUGAAGUGCUCAAUUUAGGGGUCAAAGGGCGAUGUCUCUGAAAGCAGCAUGAAAUUCUGUGGUUUCUCCUACCACAUUUUUUAAAUCUACAAAAUCCAGUCAGAAAAGGUACUUGCUUUAUUCAUGGCUCAGGCCAAGGAAGCUACAUCUCCCUGUCAACAAGGCGCAUGCAUGUGUGUUAGACAUGUACAACUCUGUAAUUACCUUUACCUCACAAGUGUUGAACAAAAUCCAGACGCCGUGUACAGCUCUCCCGUGUUACUUAUCAGCACUGAAGACAAAGUCUGUUUUGUGUAUUUAAGUGUUUUAUUUUUCAUUUUACUCCAGUGGUGACGUGCUGAAUACACAAGAUCCAACAACUGCUUGUUAAAACUACCUAUCCAUAACAUGUGAUUUCCCAUUCUCACUUCUGUGAAACACUCCCUCUUCAAGCUGUCUGACUUCUAGUUAAAAAUACAAUAAUAUAUUAAGAGUGUAUGUAUAUAUAUACGUUUUGUAUUGUGUACAUUUGUCUGUGUAUAAAAGUUUUAACUGUAAUAAGCCUUACAUUGUUUCAUAGGUUGUUUAGUAAACUAAUAAGUGCUGUGUUUAUAUCUGAGAUUUUCUGUAUUAAAUUGUUGGAC